AUGGCAGGCAUUCAAUCGCAGCCGAUUGAGCAGGAAAGUCCCGCACUGUUGGGAGCUGGUCAACCUGGCAGGAGCGCGUUUGUGAAGGGGAACCACACAGUCAAUAAUGGUGGAACUCGGUUUGUAGGAUUCAGGCGAUCGGGACCACGAUCCCGAGGUGGGUGUGUAACUUGCAAGCAACGUCGGGUUCGAUGUGAUGAGAUUCACCCAAUUUGUGGCCACUGUGUCCGCUUGCAACUCAACUGUCACUAUCGACCUCAGGCAAAGAAAUCGCUAGAAUCAGGGUCGAGAGCAGGUUUGAGGAAUGCCGAUGCUCGGAAUGACUCACUCUACCCUGUUGAUGUGCAAGUGGUCCCAACCAGUCUGCAGAACACAACAAGUAGCACAUUAAGCCCGUUUCCGCACUCACAUCCGGCAAACACUGGCGAUGGAGCCGCGUUGGCGGACCUAUCAAACCUGGAAAUGUGGUCCUACGAAAGAAAUUUUGACUAUAUCGACCUGGCAGAGGACUUAUCCACCUCGUGGGCUGGCGAGUUUUCUUGUCUCUUUCCUGACGGCUCUAGUAUGGCAGGCUCCACGUUAGCUGUGGAGAGACAUGAGAGUGCUCGCCUGGCUGCCUUGGACGAACCCAUCAGUGUGGUUCCUGAUGAAGGGAACCACAAGGCUCCAAAAACACGAAAGGUUACUCCCAGUGUGGAUAUCGUUAUGCCGAGUAUAUCUGGUCUGUCGGCACCUCUACCCCAAGAAGGACAGCCCGCGGGACUCGGUGCCUCGCCUCAGGGAUAUCAUCCAGCUAUGGUCCGCGAGGAUAGUCCGUCUGAACGAAGUCACCACUAUGAGCAGCUCAUCAGGCGCUUCUUAAGGAUUGCACAACCUCCCGCAGCUAUUCUGAUUGGCGGGUCCAAGCGUUGGCGGUGUCUGCAAGAAUAUUUAUGUAAGACUAGCCAACAAAGUCGUCCGGUGGAAAGCGCCUUGCUGUGUAUAGUUGGACUACUGACGAUCGACGAAACAUGUAAGGAGCUGGCAAUUGAGCGUGAGCAAUGCAUGAUCCAGAUUCAUGCGCAUCAUACACGGGCUUGCGAGGACAUCAGAACCAAAUUGGCAAGAAAUCUGGAAAGGGGGUCCAAAUGGACUGAGCAACUGCUGGCCGCGAUCUUCUUACUCGCGUGGUUUGAAGUGAUUCAUGAUCAGGAUGCCAGACAGAGCCAGUUUCCACGCGAGCUUGCCGAUUCCAUCAUCUUGAGCAAGUCGACCUGGAGCAGGAGCUCACAAGAACUUCUCUCGUGGAUGAACACCUUGGACAGUAAAGCGACACACCUUGGAGGCGAACACUUGCUCUCUGAACAGACUGUCGAAGCCAUCAGCCGUUACCAGACGGAGAUCACAUCGACCAGCAGGCUGGAAGGUGAGGCUAGCAGGAGUGGAAUCCUCUCGGAUGGCUCCGAUGGAACACCCACCAACUCAACACCUGGGAGUGCUGGGUCAUUAAACUUGGCACCGACGCGGCUGCAGGCAAUGGGUAGUCUGAUAACGCAGCGAGGACAAGUCAAACAGGCGGUACUCAAUGCCGUCAUUCAACCAGCAUUGCAAUGGUAUUUGACGUCGCAGUCUUACUGUCGGCGCAUCAGCGCGCACGACAAAUACCACCGGCGUCGGGUGACCUCGGACGACGAGUAUGAAGUCAUCACAGCAUGCAAGCAACUGGAAUCGGAGUUGUCAGAACUUUGGAAUUUCCGGCCCACGGUGAUGUCCUUGACCGCUGAGCAGUUGAGAGAAGUGGUGUCGACGGAUCUCGCGACGCGACUCGAGGAGGUUUUUAGUGUCUACCUGGCCAGCUUUUGGAUUUUGUUCGUUUACCUACAUCGGGUGAGCUGGUGGCAUCUGCCACAUUCGGAGCUCGUGGAGCGGGCGCUUUCGGAGGUGUGGCGGAACAUGCAACGAGCGUACGGAGAGGUGAUCGACGGGACCAGCAAGAGGGUGGUACACCCUUCUUUGCUCUGGCCACUCUUCCUGUUUGGGUCGGAAUGCAUAGACCGCCGGCAAAGAGAAUGGGCGAUCCAACAGCUUGAGGAUCUUGGAGCGGUCAAACCUGUGCUCGAGGACGAAGAGGUGGAUAGCGAAAUGCUUCCCCCGUUUCGACUGAGUUCUGGUGCGACCAGAAAUGCCAAGAGGGCAGCGGUUUUACUCACCAGGCUGACAGAGGAACAAGAUAAAAAGAAGCGCCGAGUGGAUGAUCGAGAGCUUUCGAUGAAACUGUUCGGGUGCCACUUUUCUAUAGUAUAG